CGCUCGGCACGAUUAACGAAAGACACAAAGCUCUCUGCGUUCUGUCACUUCGCGCUUUGCUAUUUCUUCUCUCCCUUCUUGUCCGUCAUCUUCUUCUCCUUCUUCUUCAGAGUGAGAGAGCUAAAAAUGGAUAAGACGUUGGCUCUGAGAUCGCUAUACCGGUCGCUUUGCUCCAGAUCUUACUGUGUCACCUCCGUCACCCACACCUUGCUCCUCCGCCGCCGCCGCCACCACCUCUACACCCACGAAGCUACUCGAAGCCUCUUCAGUCUCACAUCUCCGUCUCCCUGCGGCUCUCUCAACCUUCCCCGCUCCGGUUGCUUGUCUUCUGUUUCGAUAGCCAUCAGAAGCAAGCGGUUCUAUAGUGAAGAUGUAAGUCAUAUGCCAGUCAUAAAAGACCCUGAGCUUCACGGUGUCUUCAAGGAUUUAUUGGCUGCCAGUUGGGAUGAGCUUCCCAACUCUGUCGUCCAUGAUGUGAAGGCUGCAUUGUCUAAAAGCACUGAUGACACAGCUGGCAAGGAGGUCGUGGAAAAUGUUUUCCGUGCGGCCGAAGCAGUUGAGGAAUUUGGUGGUAUUCUUGUAACUUUGAAGAUGGAAAUUGAUGACUCAAUUGGACUGAGUGGUGAGGAUGUAAAGCCCUUGUCAGAUGAGCUUAAGAAUGCGCUUCAAACAGUUUACAAUCGCUACACCACCUAUUUGGAUGCAUUUGGGCCCAAUGAGACCUAUUUGCGGAAGAAAGUGGAGACAGAGUUGGGAACAAAGAUGAUACAUUUAAAGAUGAGAUGCAGUGGACUUGAUUCUGAGUGGGGAAAGAUCACAGUUCUUGGAACUUCAGGACUCUCUGGAUCAUAUGUUGAGCAUAGAGCUUAGACCCAUAGUUUUUGGGAAGUUCAAUGUUAAUUGCCAGAAAUGUGUUUAGGAUAAUGUUUUCACAAUGGAAACAGGCUGGUGUUGUAUUCUCUCCUUAAAAGCCAUUAAUGGUCGAGGUUAGAGGCAGUUAAAUAAGAGUUGAGUUAUGUUUGUCAAGUAAAAUGAAAGGAACAAUGUGGCAUCGUGUUUGUAAA